GUCAUUGGCACUGCACACAAGCCUCAAGCCUCUCUUCUUUUCACAGCCCUUCCCUUUAGGCUGGGCCUCAUCCUGAGCCUGCCCGCCCCCCCCCCAGAUGCAAGCGACGGACCCUUGGCAGCAAGCAGCACAGCAUUGACAUCGAGCGACGACGUCGUUGCUUUUCAAGUCCCUCCACAAUGUCUGCAGUAACAACAGAGAGGUCGCCGCUCCUGCCCGUGGCUGAGGGCCGGCCCAAGACAGGCCGGAGCGUGACCUUCAAUCCCAACCCCGUCACCAGGACGAUCGAGGCCGAAGCCCAAGACUACGGAUCACGCCCCCGGAGCUCGCCAGGCGACCAUGCCGCCUCGGCCUCAGCCUCGGGCCCAUCGGCGGCGGCGGCGGCGGCAGGGGCUGGGCCGUCGGGGCCAGUCCUGAGUGCCCUCAACUCCAAGCUGCGGAGGAGGCACAGCGCAGGCGGCCCGGCCAUGGUCAUGCCCGGUGCCAAGAUCGGCCCCCAGAGGUCGACAAAGAACGCGCAGAAGCUCAAGCUGCUCCCCAACCCCGAGCUCGACGAGGACGGGCCCGACGAGGAGAGCGGCCGCGACGUCUACGCCCAGUUCACGCGCAUCAAGGACCCCACCGCCCGCCGCGAUGCAGCACGGCUGGGCAAGGCAGACAGGACCCGGCUGCCGCGGGUGACGGCCUACUGCACGGCAAACAAGUACGACAUGGACGGGCUCAUGAGGUUCCUCAAGGGCCCGCGGGGCAAGGGGAGGGGUGCAAACCCAAAACUCAUCGACGAGUGCAUAUAUUCUCCGUAUGGUUACAGCAGCAAGCAGGCCGAGGUAGGCCUACAGCAGCAGACGAUACACUCAAACCCAGUACACCCAUACGAGAGGAGGCACUCGACCGGGGAGUAUGCCACGGCCACGGCCACGGAGGCGGGAUACCCAGUGACCCAGGACCUGAUCGACCUGAGGCAGGAGAACCACGAGUACGAGAGCCAGCGGGACGAGUUCGCCGCCGAGAGGGGCGACGACAGCGCCAUGAUUGAGGCCGCCGACUUUGACAUCGAGGUGCACACCUCGGAGGUGUUCCUGUUCGAGUACGGCGUGACGGUGAUAUGGGGCAUGACCCUCGCGCAGGAACAGCGCUUCCUCAAGGAGAUAGCCAAGUUCGAGCUGGAGAAGCUGGCGCCGGACGACGUCGAGGUGGAGUACUUCAACUUCUACUACACCAGGGAGUACUCGGCGCGGAUAUACAACGACUUCAUCGCGCUGCGGGACAAGAACAACUACAAGGUCAAGCUGGCCAUCGCGCACGCCCUGGCGCAGAGCACCAAGACGUCGCUGUUCGAGGAGCUCAUGGACUCGACCAUCGACGCCUGCAAGGACAUCCCGACCGAGAUCGCGCUGACGGGCAAGAUCGCCCUCACCCGCAAGCAGAUCCACAUGCAGAUCGGCGAGCUCUUCAUCCUCAAGCUCAACAUCCACCUGGGCGGCUCCAUCCUCGACACCCCCGAGCUCUUCUGGGUCGAGCCCCAGCUCGAGCCCGUCUACCAGGCCGUGCGCAAGUACCUCGAGAUGGACCAGCGCGUCAAGGUCCUGACCGACCGCAUGGACGUCGUCGGCGACCUGCUGGCGGUGCUCAAGGACCAGCUGAGCCACGGCCACGGCGAGAAGCUGGAGUGGAUCGUCAUCGUACUCAUCGCCGCCGAGAUCCUCGUGGCUGCAAUAAACAUCGUUGUAGACAUGUAUUGGGUCGAUUAGGCCAGACUACAUCAUAUAGGAAUAGAGCGAACAGCGUCAAAACCCACACACACACUCAUGGAAAAAUCUCAAAAUAGGCACAUUUAAGCCAGAGACCCCCCACAAAGAAAAAGCUACGACAUCUCCUGGGUAUGAAACGAUCCAUCACAUGAUAAGCGAAAUCCACAAGGACAACUAUCCGCCCCCGCACAACGACUUCACACCUGGGCAAACCACGACGGGACAUCUGAUGAGAGACAAAGCUGGGAUGCAAACCCGAACCCCCCGGGAAACCGGGGUUUGCGUCAGAAGGGAGGGGGGGGGGUUAGUGCAGAAGAAGGCCUCACCGGCGCCAAAUAGGUCAACAGGGGAGGCCGGAGGACAAGCGGACACACACGAAAACGCAAAACCUGGCGGGCGAGGGCGAGUGGGCACACGCCGGUGGGCAGGGCAGGCGCCAGUCUCGCUCGGGGGGACGGGGGCGCCUACCGGCCACGCCCAGGUAUAUAGAGGCGGGGGUGAGAGCUUCACGGCUCUUUUCUUUUUUGGCAGCGACAUCCCACAGAGCGGGGAGAUGCCCCUUUUGCCGUGUUGAUCGGCGUCUUGUGCUUUUGGUUCUGGGGCAGUUGGGUAGGUUCAACAGGCACUACUACUACAUUUUGCUUCAAUUGCAUCCCACUGUUCUGUUAGGAAAAUUCAUGUGUCUCUCAAAAUGCCCGGUUAGGUCGAGACAUGUGAUAUCUAUGGUGUUGAUUGAGCGUCUUCAACGCCUCAUGUGUCUAGGCAAUUCAGGCAACCGACCCCGUGGCCCUGGCUGUUCUCAUAAAGCAGCAAGGUGAGACAAUCGUGUUGGUGGCAGUUUGCGACGUCAUCAAUAACAGUGCAUUUAUUUCAAGUGUCUCUGGAAUGUGCGGCCAAAACUUGCGCCCCGUUGGCCACGUCUCAUUCACGCCAAAAUGGAAUUUCAAGAGACCUACAACACCACCUCACACCCCGACCCCCUCAGCAAAUCGCCCAGAGAUGGUAAGCUAUGCCGCUCCUUUGCGAGCUUACGAUGGGCAGUGGAAACCCUUCCAAAUAAGAUAAAACAAACCCUGGCAACGUGAAUGAGGUCGUCCGUGCUGUAGUCUUCGCCUGAUCACCUCCUCCCUCGUUCCAUCUUCUAUAAUGGUCUGGUGUAUGGGUGGAUGCCGUGCUCCGUGAUUGCUAGGUGGAUCGCUGGUGGAAUGUUUCGCACGAAUUCGCCGACUGUAGUAAUGACGUGCCAUCCAUUGGCGUCUUGCGAAGCAAUAUAGAGCGCCUUGUGUAGGGGUCCGCACGGGACUGGCAGUCCGGCUUGUGGGAUGGCUGACAGUUAUAUGACCGUUUGUACAUCGCCCAGUAGCGACAUACCGAUGUUUCAAGUAGCCGGUUGAGCGACGUCGCGUUAGGUGGCCUCGUAGCCGCUGCCUGUAUCAUGGGGAUGGGCUUAGAUCCUGAUGGGAGUCUAUGAGAUCCUGAUGGGAGUCUAUGAGACCCUGCAGAUAUGACUGAUAUGGGGUACGUGAAUGCUCCUAGUCCUCAGCAGCUGGCGUAUCGUCUGUCUGCAUCUCGACGUCCUCAUCUCGGGCAGGCGUCUCGUCAGCCUGAGACUCGGGUGGCUGCUUUGCUGUUUUCGAGCUCUUCUCCGCCUCGGCGUCUGCCUCCGCCUCCGCUUCAGCCUCCGCUUCAGCCUCUGCCUCGGCCUCAGCCUCAUCUUCAGCCUCAGCUUCUGCUUCAGCUUCUGCGGCGGCUUCGGCCUCUUCGGCCUCUGCCUUGUCCUUCGCAUAGGCAUCCUUGUCCUUCUCGUACUUGGAGGCGGCCUUUGUCUCCUGGGACUUGUACUCGUCGCGCUUGUCCUCGGGGAGCUCCUUCCAGCCGCGGGCGAGCUCCUCGUCGACGUUGACAUCGUCGCCCUUGGAGGCCAGGGCCGGGCGCUGGUCGCGGCAGUAGAGGUCGAAGGCGGUGCUGGGCUUCUUGGGGGGCUUGGCGACGCCAUUAGCGCGCUUGGAGGAGUCCUUCUGGCCGGCCUCCGGGUUUGUGUGGGAGUAUGCGUCAGAGCUCGGGGAGGGGGGCUGGAUGGCCUGGUUGAUAAAGGUGGGAGGGGGGCCAUUGGAGUCCAGGUUGGCAAUGACAGAAGGCUUUCGGUGGCCGCGCUUGCUACGCAGCGGCUUCUCCUGGGGCUGUUGUUGCGGGUCUAGGUCAGCGCCUGAUGAAGCAAUUCCAACGCGGGCGGAGGAUGAUGAUGGGUUUUGUCGCCGGGGUCCAGCAGGGCGUAUGGAUAGCGACGAUGGUAUGGGUGAGGGUGAUGGGCCGUCACGUACGGUUGGUGGUGGGCUCGGGCUGCCUUCAGAAUCCUCGACGUUGGCGCUGGUUCGUUUGGCGAGCUGCUCGAGGAGGAAGGCGCGCUCUAUCCGAAGCUUUUCGGCCUGGCGCUGCAGUCUGGUUAGUCGCAGGCGUGCGGCAUCGUUGGCCUCCUCGACCUCCAUGGUCCGUUGCUUGAGCUGCAGGCACUUUCGGCGGUAGGCCUCCUCCACGGAGGGAGGCAGAGGCGGCGGCACGGCUAAGGGAUCAGCAUUGUCAGCUCUUCGACCCAUCUUGGCUUUGUUGGACACCAUAAUAUAGCACGAGCUGCAGGCGUUUGGCGGGGCGCAUGAGGGCUGCGAGAGGGCUGCGAGAGGGCUGCGAGGAGGACGAGGCAUGGAAGGGAAUUUGGGGCGAUGGGGUCAGCCGCCCACGGAGGGAAGCAACGAUGGGGGGAUGGAGUCAGUCGCAGGGCGAAAGCUACCGGUGCUGACAAGAAAAUGUGGAGAGCUCGAACUUACAGGACGAUGCUGGAGCCAUUGCG